AUGAGACAAACAGACUGGGAAACUUCCACACUGGUGACGCGGUUUAUUCAAGCUCCCGAAAAAUGGUCCACUAGCACCGUCCUGGGCAAAAACGGAAAUGGGAUCUACGAGAUCAAUGUUGGAAAGGAAAAUCGGACGAGACGUAUCAAUCAAAUACGACCGAACCACAUGCAAGCUCAAUGCCGGGAGGUAGCAGAAUAUUUCCAGUGGGACAUCUUGUUGGACACGGUUUGUUUGGACCAUGAAAAUGUUCGACCUCUCAAUUUAUCCCAGAACAUCACAGCAUCGCACAGUUCACGACCAAGCCGGGUUCAAGCCAACCCAAAGGGGAAGAACUACGAUCAGAUUCGAGCAGUCCGAAAACAGUUUCAAAUGGAAAAGAGAGAUAAUACGCCACGCAUCAGCCUACUACGCAGCGGAACAAACCUUUGGUGA